AUGUCAGCCCGUUUUCUAAUCGACGAUUUACUUACAAAAUCAUUACCUUCCGAAAAUUACUUGGAAGAGGAUAAUAAUAAAAAGAAAAAUAAAUUUUUUGAGGAAUUUACUCAACUACUUCCCCCUACAAUUUUUGGCCAGACUGUUUUGGGCCAGAUUCUUCCAAAAAUAAUUAAUGAGAAAAUAUUGAAGGAGGAUGAUAUGAUUGUGGAAGAACAACCAAAUUUAGAACGUAAAGGAGGACAAAAUGAAGAAGUUACUGGCAGCAUAAUUAAAAGUGAACAGCAGCCUACUAAUAAUUUAGAACAUUUACUUAGCUUUAAUAAAUCUGUAUCCCAUAAUCAACCAAUCAACGAACAAAAGAAGCACGAGAAUAAUGUACUCGCUCCAGCCUGGUUUCUACCCUUCCAACAACAACAAACUAAUCAUUUACUACCAAAUAAUUGCUUAAAACCCUUUCCACAAUUGGCACUACCUCCACAAUUUAUAACCAACAUAAACAAAUCAAGUGGGCAUUUUAUCCCAUUCUUUGGCCAUUUAAUCAACAAUCAUUUUAAUCAAAAUAACCACAAACAACAAAAUUUAAAUUUACACCAUAAAAGGAAGGGAGGCCAAAUACGCUUUAGUAAUGAACAAACGGAUAUUUUGGAAAGAACUUUUGAUGCUAAAAUGUAUUUGAGCACUCAGGAAAGGAAAAGAAUUUCGAGAGCUUUAAAAUUGUCUGAAAGACAAGUCAAGACUUGGUUUCAAAAUAGAAGGGCAAAAUAUAGAAGACAAGCACCUGCUGAUUCUGAUUGUGUUCAACCAACCGAUGAUUCUUUAAUUAAUCAACAACAACAAUAUAGAAACGAUUUAUUUAAUAUAAAAUCUCAACAUUUUUUAGAAAAUGUUGAUUAA